UGGUUGCCAGACCGGCCGGCACUUCGCGUACCACCGUCGCGGUGCGCGGUACGUUCGCACCGAUGUGCGCCAUCGUUACGCGUGUUUUCUACGUCCUUCCCCGAUCCAGCCGCGGAUUUCACCCCGUAAAAGGAUCCGCGCGAAAGAAUCUCGCAAGUGGUAGCGUUCCCAAAGAAUCCGCCGUAAUGCCGCACGUACACGACUUUCGAAAUUCGAGCGUCGGCUCGUGACGCGCCGCGUGUUGUCUCGAUCUCUCGUCGUCCGUUAGGAGUGCGAAGUGAAAGUGCUGGGAGAAUAAUAAAAAAAAAAAGAAAAACGGAAUCACGGGCGCGGUGACGCGAUAGAAGGAUAUACGACGGUUCGAUAGUGACGGGAAGAAACCGGCGGCACAGCACGCAGCAUGUGGUCAUGCCGGCGGCCCGGAGGAUCCUCGGAAUUCGGCCAGUUUCGCGGAUCGGCGUGCAGCGAUGCGGUGCUCCGAUGAUGAGGGAGAACUGGCGCUAAAGUGUGUUAUGCGCGAGUGCGGCCGAUCAGGGAUACGCUACCCAGCAGCAAGCCGCCGGCACCGUCGUCGUGAUGCCGUUCGUGAUGCGAAAGGUAGAGCCGCGGCACGUGUGCCGCGGCCAUGUGCCGGCGGGCUCGCAUCCGGGCUGGCCGGUGGGCGCCGAGCUCGAGGCGGUGGCGAACGGCGCUCUCACCAGCUCCCUCAAGCAACUGGCCUCCCUCCUGACCGUCGCGGAGGACAUCUUCGCGGGCCUCACCGUCGAACUGGCCCAGGUCGCCGAAAGAAGCGGACACCUACGUCGUAAACUCGACAAGGUCGAGGAGCGACUCAGCACUGUUGAUCCCAAGAAGAUACCAGUCCCGGAAUCGGAUAUCUGUACUUUCGCGGCGAGGACGGAGCAUUUUCACAUCACGAAUAAACCAUCGACGAGACUGUUCACGGCAGACACGAGGCCGAAGGCCCUGCGGGAGUUGUACGAGCUCGCUGCUAUAGUCGCCGUACGAAGUUUAGAUUCCUUGAGGAGGGAUGGCAGCUCGAUGGAUAUGUUCCUUUGCACGCCGGUCCUCGGCAAGAGGAGACGGGACCACAGCCUCGACAUCGAGUCUAGAGUCCCGGCUGUUAUCGAGGAUCUUCGAAGGUGGACAUCCACCGAAGCGCUCGGCGACGUCACCGUACCGCCGGACUGCGCGUCCAGGAUCUUGGGCGACACGACCGGCGACGAUGCCGUCGAUCACAAGCUACCCAGCCCCGAGGAACAGGUUCAGGCUAUCGCGCUCAAAUUCCCGGCGGAAAUCGUAGCGGUGGAUGUAAGCGGACGAGGUUUCGAAAGAAUGUCGAUGAGGAGGAGAUCCUUGCUGUCAGGGCCAGAGACUCAGGAAACGACGGUGAAGAGGAGAUCGCGGCCACGCAGGCCGAGAGGGAAGAGACGAAAUACGAUCGCCGGUACUGAUCAGAAGGAGAUUCGACAAGCUAUCGGAGGGGAGACGACUGGCGACGAGCCCGAGGAGACGAUGCCAAGUGCCACGCCGAGAGCGCAUCGCUCGGCGAGCACGGACGUCCUGGGCUCGGCGAAAAAGGACUCGCCCACGGAAAAGAAAUCGCACUUCAACACGCUGAAGGCAUGGGGUAUGUCCAGACUGAAACUGAUCAGUCCGAAGUCGAACCAGCAGCCACCGCAGCAGCAGCAGGAAUCGACGGUAAUCAACGCAGAGAGAGCCGAGCAGACGCAAGGUCAACCGAGAUCGCCGGAGGAGAUCAAUAUUUACGAGACGGUGACUACGAGACGCAGAAGGGACAAGUCGCAUGAGAGGAAGCCGAGCUCGUCCAGCUCGAGCGGCAAGAGCACGGCCAGCAUACCAGUGUCGGUGCCGAGCACGGAUAACAAACAGUCGAGCGUGAAAUUACGCGAAAGCGCCGCCCAGAGGCGAGAACGGCGGAAGGGCAGCAACCGCGACGACGCACCGCACUCGAGCUCCGGAAACUGGAGCGCUUCAUCCGAGAGCGGAAGAGCCAGCAUCGGCAGCGAGACUACCACCACCACGCAUCAGCCCAGAUCCACGACGACAGCUUCGAUCGGCACGUCCUCCACUUCCUUAAGUCACAUGCGGCGAUUGAAGGGAAGGGACACCUCGGCCUCGUCCUCGGUAACCUCCGAAGGUACCCUAACACCAGAUAUCAUACAGGACAUCACGGUGGUGCCCUUCUCCGACGAUGGCGAAACGUCGUCGGUGUACUCUUGCGACACGGAAGGAUAUUAUACUUCAUUUCACAUGGACUCGGGCCUGAAAACUCUUAGGGAGGAGGAACCCAUGCCACAGAGUCCUUUGACCAAGACUAACGACAUUGGCUCGGACCCCACCUCGCCGAUUGUCGAGAACGAGUAUGAAUUAUUUGGCAGAGGAUCAACUUCCACAACGACCAGCUCGGCUGGAACGGUUUGCACCGCACUUAUGGCACCACCGCCCCCCGAGCGCAAGUCCAGCCUCACAGUUGUUGCUAUGGUUCACGGUCAAAAUCAAAACGGCGGCGAGUCACCCGACAGUGGUCACAACACAUCCUCGUCUCCCGUUGAAUCAGCCUCCAGUCCGGCUUGUACCGGCCGUUCCUGCUCCGAAUUUGAAUAUUCAGAGUCCAGCGAUCUGGAGGGCUGCGAGCGAAUCGAGAGGAUCCGCUCGAAGACGGCAAUCACGACCAGUCGGAUUCCGUCAAUGUGCGUGAUCACGCCACCCGUAUCCGACGACGAGCACGCGAAGGAGACGGACCAGAACGAGAAGAAGACGAACGAACCGACGAGGAGAACCGAACUUCAAGGCGGCGGUUCGGUGUUGAUGUCUGCCACCGUCGGCACUUCCAAGAUGGAGGUAAUCAACGGCCAGGACAAGAAUCUGUAUGCCACCGUACAGGUGUUGCCGGCGGCCGCCAAUAACGACAGAGCGACGGGUCAGUCGUCGUCGUCGUCGAUCAAGAUCAGUCCGUUGAGUGGAGUUCUCGGCAAGCUUCGUGGCGUGCUUCCGGGUAAGAAGCACGCCACGAAGAAUGGCGCCGUGCAGGAGCUGUCGAAUGCCGACUCCGGCGACUAUGUGACCAUAGCCGACGUGAGGAACAACAACGACAAACGCCCCGCGGGUCCGUUUUCAUCGUCAUCGUCGUCGUCGUCGUCGUCAUCAGGCAUGACCGCCGUCCGACCGACUACCACCUACGCCAAUUCCGACAUUUUCAAGAAAGACGCGGAGUACGUAAGUCUGAGCGAGUUGCCGAAGAAACCGGACUCGUCGUUGGAGAGGAAGAGACAGGGUGCUCGAGUCACUCUAGAUUCCGAGGGCAAAGUUGUCUACUCGUCCGACAGUCUGAAGAGAAGGAAAGGAGCGCACACGACGUUUAACCCAGGUCCUUUCGUGAGGGAAGGCGUAUCACCGAGUCCAUCGCCGUUGUUUCAUCGCGCGAUGCCGAACAUCCGUGCCGUUACGAAGAGCGUCGACAUCGUGGACGCUGCAAACAUCAGGACCACACCGCCGACGUCACCUCGGCUGGGCAAGCUAAUCAUUCGGGCGGCGCGGAGUCCCGAUCGCGCGACCAGUCCGGAUUACGUGCGCACGCCGGCGACCGUGGUCGGACCCACGAGCCCGACCAGUCCCCACAGACAGGUCCGCGGGGCUUAUGUCAACGUGCAAGGCGACGAAGACAAUAGUUUACUGACCAUACCUGCGGAAUCCAUACCGCCGCAGGCGAUCGUUCAACCGCCGCCCUACAUCGCCCCGCCGAAACCUGAGGAUCGACAAAAGUCGCAUAAGUAUCAAGAUAUCCUAAAGGACACGCAGCCACCGAAUGUACGAGCCUAUCCCGACAAUGAGAAGCAAUCGAUCGUGCAGGAUCGCAAACAGGACAUCUACGAUCCUCGCCGAAACAUUCAGCAAUAUGACAAUCGCAAGAACGUCCUCGAACAGCAGAGGAUGUCGAACUAUGAGUAUCAGCAGCGAGUUUGCAACUACCAAACGGUGCACGCGCACAACGCGAGGAAUCAACAACUUUGUUCACCGGCCAGAGAUAUCAAUCAACAGCAAUUCUAUACCCUGCCGACAAGGAGGCCUCAACGGGAGAUCGAACCACCUCGCAGUGUCACGCCGGACAUCACCAGGGGUCUGGGACGCGGUUCUCUUAGCAGUAUGCACAUGCUGGCGAAACAGGGUCAGCAGAGGGUCGUGGAGAACGAGCCGACACGACACAUUUCCUACGUGGACGCGGGGAGAAGAAGUUUGGAACAAGGGGAGAUGGCAGGUAGAUUUGUGCAGAGUCAACCUCAGCCCGUCGUGGAUGUUAGAAAUAGAUUCGCAACGCCUCUAAACCAAGCUGCACUCGGCUAUCGAUUCUUCGCAUCUUCACCCGCCCAUGACCCUCUUACGAAGUCUCCUAACGCGGAUGUUCUAAGGAAUAAUCCAAUUUCGCCGAUCGGCCACGGUGGCUACGGUAACGGCUUCAAAUCGUCCACUCCUACCAGCCACCACGGACGAUCGGUGCCAACCGUGGCGGAACGUCUAGCCCUGACCACGGCCGCCGGUAAUAAUUGCUCGUCGCCGAUACCAACGAGCAGUUCCUCGGGUAGGAGCACUCCCGUCCAGACUUCUUCCGGUAGGACGACACCGACCAACCUCGUCCUGUCGCCCACCAAGAGCACCAUGUCCAAUGAAGAGCUAUUCGCCGCGAUUCACAAAUCCAAGAAGAAGCUCAAUAUCAAGCUCAACGAGACCGACGGCGAGAACUUAUCGCCGUACGGAUCAAUGAACUCCUUGGUGAAAACGCCGGCCGGCACCAGGCACAGCUGGAGCCCGGAGUCUCAGAAAGCUCCUUCGGAGAUACCGACUACGGUGCAAUCGCCUACGUCACGAAUGGAUUUCAAACGUUUGCUCCUUCAACAGAGUGUGAAGGCCAAUCCCAUGCGGCUGUCGGCGGCGGAACAGCUGAAACUGUCGCGCCAGCAGUGCCAGCAACAGCAACAGCAAUCGUCUCCGAACGCUCACCAGAGUCCAUUGGCCAAAGUCUUGAGUCCACGCUCGGUCUGGAGGUUUCAGACCCCCAGGACCGACGUCCUUUCGUCCACCAUAAUCGAGGACACCGCGGCGGAGGAGAAGGCGAUGAAGCCCUCGCCGGAAAACACGUCUCCGAUUUCAAGACUGAAUUCUAGGCGGCAGCUGGAUCUUUGUAUCGACCUACCGAGUCACCUGCGCGUCACCGAUUACAAGGACAAAGUCACGAGUCUCGAUAGACUAACAGCGAACAAGACGGCUAUGAACGAGCUUAAUCUCGAUACCGCGAUCAAAUCGUUCAAUCAAAAUAACCAUAUCCGAGAAUCAAUCACGAGCACAUUCGAUGAUCCUGUGAUGCGAGCCGCACCCCCCGCGAAAAUCGCCAACACCGGCCAGGAUACCUCGUCCCUGUUGCCUCGAAACGAUAUCGCCGGCACGGCGAUACGAUGUUCGAAGGACAUGCUCCAGUCUAAGAGUCAUGACCCCGUGAGCGCUCUCGAGUCGAGGAGAAUCAGCAACCAACUGGCGAGAGCCCAGUUCCUGGCCAGCACACCCCCGAACACAAAUCCGUCGCAGAGCCUCUACUUCAGCAAGAGAUUCCGAGCGCGAUCGGAAUCCCCGCGGCACGCGGUGACGCAAAACGUCGCACCGCGCAGCCCGAGUGCUCCUACGCUCGAAACCGCUCUGUGAUCCGCGAACACGUGCGAAUAUCGACAAUGAUGACAAACGCCUUGCGCAAGACUAGCUCUUCAUUAUUGCGCAUAACAUGUGUAUUUGCUCUACCUAACGAGCUGAAGUAGACCCAAGUUUAUACACUGUAUGCGAGAGCUUGUUGAUUUAAAAACCAACAUUUUUGAACGUGUAUUACGACAUCGCGACAUGUACAUAGACCGAGCACUACUGCAAUUGUGAUAGUAAUGCUCCAUCUCUGAAUUUUUUGCAUACAUUUUUUUUUUUAAGUAAACUGACAACUAUUUUCCAUGACGAUAUCUAGUGCAUUAAUGAAGAGUUAACGGCAAGGACAUCUGAAUCUAUUCGGGAAUUCCGGCGCAACGUAUUUAUUAAUCGUGACCCACCUGAAUCGGAUUUUUCGUCCUAAUUACGGCAGCUCACAUCUGUGCUAAGAGACAAUAAUUCGUGAUAUGGUAAUAAUGCGGAAAUUAGUAUUACCCAGUAUUGCGAGGCUUCUUGCAUAAGCUAGGAGAACGUUCGGCGCGGAAACGUCGUAAUUAUUACGUCACACUCUGACGAUCGUAUGUAAAAUUGAUUUUACGGCACGUAACGUUACCUUACGUAACUCAAAUCUCGUAUAAUCCAAUCAAAUAAUAAGCAAUAGAUAGGAUAUUCUCGACGCGAAUAAUCUCAAUCGAGUGCCUAUUUGAUAUAAUCGUUUUAUAAAGAAGCAUUUUACGUGUGUAUGAUACUGUAAAUUUAAUAAAGACGCAAUACGCCGUAGAUAUCAAAUAUAUCGAUACGCGUUGACACAAUGUGCUCGACAUUUUCUCAUUCUCUGUGCUAAGCGAGCCUCUUUUUUUUUUCUUUACGAGGCGAACGAUUUGAUCUUUGCACGAUCUCAAAAUGCUCACGAUCGAACAAGAACUGGGAUAAAAUGAGUACUAGCUCGGUGUAUGAGCACGGGAAAUGCGGAUGCACUGUAUCCCUCGCGGCAGCAAUGCACAAGGCUUCUCGCUCGCGAAAGGGUCUAUCCGCGACACGAGAGAACUCAGCGACGAAGCUCUUUCGUAGCUCCAGUAAGAAUUUUAUCGUUACCUACAUUCAAAUCGAAAUAUUACGCAGUAUUUUAUAACCACUUGGGCUAUACAAUAUUAAUUUAUUCACGGGAGGAACAUAUUGGUAGCCGAGAGCCGCAAUGGAAAUUGAGCACGAUGAACCAUAAAUCGCUCAUCGCGGUGGAAAUUGUGAGCUGAGCGUGGAAUUAUUACUUCAAGAAUUUUCGAGGUUGCUAGGGAGCAAACACUUUAAAUAAUAAGUGAACUUUUUGUAUGAAUAACGCAAAUAACAACGCUUUUAUUUGCGUUACUUGAUAUAAACGGGAUGAAUCAGAGAGGUUGGACCAAUCUUUCAACAUAAGAAAUAGAUUAUCAAUCACAAUUGUAGCCAACCAAAAAAAAACUGAAAAAUCUCGUUAUGGAUAUCUCAAAUAAUAUAAUUAAAUAUUACAUGAUUGAGACAUAUAUAACGAAAUGUUUUUAUUUUUUCCGAGUUGGCUACAAUUGCGGUCAGUAAUCCAUCUUCUAUGGUAAAAGGUUGGUCCAGCCACACUCCGAUUCACUCUUAUAUUCAAAAGACUUUGAACUUCGCUGAAGAAUAGAUUCUGGUUUCGCAGAGCGAUUUAUCGUUCACCGCGCCAGGCUCGUUGUCGCGCAAUCGGCGGACUCGGGCGGCCGUUUGCCGACGACUUGCCAAAUCGCGAGUUUAAUCGUUAAGGUUUAUUAAUUUAUUUGUCGACUUGGACGACGGCAGAGCCCGACGCCCGCCCUUAAGGGUUCGCCUCGGCGAAGGUUGUACAUAAUGCGCGAGCGGCGUAGUCGCAUUAAGUCUCGAUUUUUAAGUCUCGCUUGCUAGUCUAGUCGGGGUAGAAUUUAGUACGUAUAUACACGUCGCGUUUUGGAGAUCUUUCUGGGCGGAAAAGUGCCGUUAAUCGCGUGCGUAAUCAAAUCACGUUUGAUCGAUUUUAUACGAUUAUCGAAUGAUGAAAAUAGAGAGAAUAUACAAAUAUAUAUAUAUAUAUAUGUAUACACAUGUAUACACGCGAGGAAAAUGAUGAUAUGUAUAGCGUAAUACAACAAAGUUGCCUUAAUUAAAUUAUUUCGAAUUACAACCGAUCGUUUCGGCGACGCGAUUCGCCGAUUAAUUGCGAUCGCGCAAUGGACGGGAGUAAUUUUGCACAUGUAACCCGCUAGGCGUUAAGCUGGAAACGUGUUUUGUACUUUGCUCAGAAAUAAACAGAAAUAUUUCGUGA